AAGGCGUCAAAUGGACCGCUCCACACCUGAGCUGCCGCCAAGAUAACUCAAUCGGAGCCGGCGCAUUUAAGAAGGCGCCUGUGAGGGUCGCUACUCAGCCGCCGCGCUCCCACUCCGCGUCCCCACUCCGCGCCGCCGCGCCUCUGCCCGCCCCGAAGGUGGACGUGAAGCUCCAACACCUCGACUUCUGGGCCAGCCUCCAUGGCCAGGUCCCGGGACUGCUGGACUGGGACAUGGGGAACGAGCUCUUUCUGGCCUUCACCACAACUCACCUCCCCUUAGCGGAGCAGAAACUUGCCAGGUAUAAACUCCGAAUUGUUAAGCCACCAAAAUUACCCCUAGAGAAAAAACCUAACCCUGAUAAGGAUGGUCCAGAUUAUGAGCCCAACCUCUGGAUGUGGGUAAACCCCAACAUCGUGUAUCCCCCUGGAAAGCUGGAGGUCCCAGGACCUAGGAAGAGGGAGGAUCUGAUAAGCACACUCCCCUCCUCUCAGCCACCCCAGAAGGAGGAAGAUGCCAGCUGCUCAGAGGCCACAGGGGUGGAAUCACUGUCCCAGUCCUCCAGCAAGCAGUCUCCCCCUCGGAAGCGGUUUGCCUUUUCCCCCAGCACCUGGGAGCUCACAGAAGAGGAGGAGGCUGAGGACCAGGAAGACAGCUCCUCUGUGGCUCUCCCAUCCCCUCACAAAAGGGCCCCCCUCCAGAGUCGGAGGCUUCGGCAAGCCAGCAGCCAGGCGGGGAGGCUCUGGUCCCGGCCCCCUCUCAAUUACUUCCACCUAAUUGCCCUGGCAUUAAGAAACAGUUCCCCCUGUGGCCUCAACGUGCAACAGAUCUACAGUUUCACUCGAAAGCACUUCCCCUUUUUCCGGACGGCCCCGGAAGGCUGGAAGAAUACUGUCCGUCACAAUCUCUGUUUUCGAGACAGCUUUGAGAAAGUGCCUGUCAGCAUGCAGGGCGGGGCCAGCACACGGCCUCGAUCUUGCCUCUGGAAGUUGACCGAGGAGGGACACCGCCGCUUUGCGGAGGAGGCCCGCGCCUUGGCUUCCACUCGGCUAGAAAGUAUCCAACAGUGCAUGAGCCAGCCAGGUGUGAAGACGUGCGUGGGCCCAAGGGGAAGAGAGCUGAGGAUCCUGACCCAAGGCCGAGUGUGGAAGCCUGGGUCACACCGUGGCAGUGGGGGGAUGCAUCUUCUAUAGGAAACAGGGAGAUUAACAGUGAUCUGAGACCCUCAGGUGAUGCCUACCUGAGGGGAGACCUCCCCCACCAGUGUGGGAUGUGAUGUGCCAGGAAUCCAUGGGCAAACAACUAAGAGGCAACUUGCCUUACCAAGCCCAGCAGCCUAGGCAAUAGUGAGCACACAACAUGAGAAGCACAGUAAUAGAGGUUAUGUACAAAGAGGACUUGUACUUUCCCUGGAGCAGUGCAGGGAGGCUUCAGAGAAGAGGCAGCAUUUGAGCCUUGAGUGAAAGAAGCAGAUCACCUGCUAUGAGAGAGCAUCCCAGGCCUAGGAAACAGCAAUUGUGAAGGAUAAACUCCUGAACUCUCUUCUUUUCUUACAGAUGUGAUGCCCUUCCUCUUUGAUCUUUAACCCCAAGAAGCAACAGCCAGCUAAUGCUUUAUUAAAAUUACCCUCAGUA